UCAAUUGUCACUAAUAUCUGAAGUCAUUUCUCUGAAAUAAUCGCUCAUUUGAUCCACAAGAAUGUGUGAUAUGAUGUCCGGCCAACAGGCCUACCAAUGCGUCAAUGUUUACGCCACUUCUGCCACAUCAGAGAAUAUGAGUCGACACGAAAUGUUGAAUUGGGUUAACGAUUGUCUUCAAUCCAGUUAUAAGAAGAUUGAAGAGCUCUGUUCCGGUGCUGCUUAUUGUAAUUUUAUGGAUAUGUUGUUUCCGGGAUCUAUUGUUAUAAAGAAAGUGAAAUUCAGGACCAAUUUAGAGCACGAAUACAUACAAAAUUUUAAGCUUCUUCAGGGAGCCUUCAAGAAAGUUGGAUGCGAUAAGGAAGUGCUCAUCAAUCGACUGGUAAAGGGUCGCUUUCAGGAUAACUUUGAGUUUCUACAAUGGUUUAAAAAGUUCUUUGACUCCAACUACGAUGGAAGAGAUUACAAUGCAAUGGAAGCCAGGGCUGGAGUUGUCAUCGGUUCCGGUCAAGUCGGACAUAUUAAUACUGGUUCUGCCAGUACAUUGAAUUCACGAAUGCCUCCACAAAGAGGUAUUGUUUCAACUGCAAGAGCACCGGUUGUAAAGUCGGCACCGAAUCGAGUGAUUACUAACAAACCAGCUUUUGUAAGACGUACUCAAAAUAAUUCUCACGGCGGCGACCAUACGGACAAUUCAAUUGAUGUCCAAAAACUGGAAGAGUUGGAUACAAGAAUGAAUGAAAUGAAGGUUACAAUCGACAGCUUAGAGCGCGAACGGGAUUUCUAUUACGGAAAGUUGAGAGACAUUGAAGUCUUGUGUCAAAACAAUGAAAACGAAGAGAAGAAUGUCAUUACAGAUAAGAUUCUGGAGAUUUUAUACGCAACUGAAGAGGGGUUUGCUGUUCCCGAUGAGAGUCCCGACGAUCAACAGAUACUCAAUGACACCGCAAAUGAAGAAUAUUAAAGGAAAAUCCUUUCGUUGCGCUCAUCAUUUGAUUUCUUUAUAUAUUGUGUUGAACUAAACUUUUACUAAAUAUCACUUUUUAAUGGUUCUUACGGUUUAAUAAUUAUAUUAUAUUUAAUAA